AUGUAUGAACAAUAUAGACUUGAUCUUCCUCAGGACCAAACAGUCUGUAAUGUCCAAUCAGCAGCAGUCAUUUGUAAUUAUACUGCUCCAAAUGAAUAUCAUAUUACACAAAUAAGGGCAGCUGGAAAGGCAAGUCCAGUUGGGUCACCAGAUCCAAAUUUAAGAUCGCUCUACUUUCCCGGAUUACAACAAUUCUUUAUAAUGUGUAGUAUUACUGGGGUACCUGCUAUUCCAACAUUGAAUCUAUUGACAUUGCUAAAGAACAUGCCAAAUCUAACUUCAAUUCAAACAACCAAUGAUCUCACUAUUAACGACAUUCCAAUGGAUUUUGGUCAAACUUUACCAAGUCUUAAAAAACUAAGUAUACUAUACAGUCCAUUGACAACGGUUGAUAACUUUUUCAAUAAUACAGGAAUUGACACAUUCGUUCAAUGGGGAAGAUCAAUUGAAAAAUUAAGGUUGGACGAUUCAUUAAGACUUCCCAAUCUUAGUUUUAUCCAACUUGAGAUUACACCCAGUCAACCACAGUCAUGGUACAUUACACAAAAUUCAUUCCCAAAAGUAUAUGCUGUUGGUUUCAAUUCUGAUGGUACUGCAUUAUGUAAUCUAAAAGUUGAUUCUUCAAUUAUUAAAGAGAUAUUUUUACUUUCAUCAAAUAGUGGAGGAUAUAAUUUAGAAAUGGUUAAUACUUCUGCAAUUACUCAAUUGGGACUGGAUGGAAAACAAUCAACUUUGACGCCAUCAGAUUACAAUGAAUAUCCAAAUUUACAAUUUGUUAUAUUGACAAACUCUAGUAUAUCCACAUAUCCAUUUACAUCAUUUCCUUCAUCACUUUUAAAUUUUGCAUCAACAUUAUCAGAGUUUACAGAAAUCCCACCUAUUCCAAUUAUCAAAGAUAACUUCUUUUUAGGUUUAGCAAAUAAUAAGUUGACCGGUUCAAUUCCAUUCCAUCUCUGGGAUAAUGUGAUUGGAGGAACACUAGACGUGAAGAAUAAUCCAGAUUUAAUGGGCAGUGUACCUGAAUCUUGGUGUGAUAAAAGAUUAUUAUUAUCUAAUACCUCUAUUUCAUAUGUACCAGAUUGUUUUUGGUGUUAUCAAAGUUCCAAUGUAAUAUCUUUACCUUCAACUUUAACUAAACCUUCUAGUAUUGAUUGUGCCAUUACAUUGGACAAGGAUAUUUAUUUUUCAAUGAAUGGAACUGCCAAUAUUACAGGUAGAAACUUUGGUUUUUAUACUGAAAAUGUAAACUAUAGAUUAAUUGUUUCUAAUUCAAAAAUUGCGAUAACUUAUUUGACGAUUGGAACUCCACAAACAGUUGAUAUUAAUAUAUUUGGAACUAUUAUUCGACCUAAAGUUGUGGUGGCUGAUAUUAAGGUGCUUGACCUUCAAUUCUCUACUCCAACCAACUUUUAUUUCUCACUUGCAUACAAUCAUUUUAUUGACCAUCAAAUCACCCUCACCUCUAAAACAAGUGGUCUCCAGAUCCCAUGCUCCUUGUCUUCACCACUCACUGCCUCGGGUGUAUCAUGUGUUACACCAAGAGCCAUCAUCGGUGAUUAUAUUUUAAAUAUUACAAAUCAAUUUAAUUAUUAUUCAAUGGAUUUAAAUUUAACCUAUUCAUACCCAGUAUUAAAUAAUGUUCAAUUAUUAGAUAUACAACAACAACAAUUAUUAUUAAUAUUGCAAGGUAAUUUUGGACCGUCUACAUUGACAGUUUCAGUUACACUAAAUAAUAGUAUGGCAUGUACUAUUGUAUCAAAGAAUAGUGGGCUUGUUGAAUGCUCACUUGCAUCGAUUCCAUCGCCCGGACCUGCCACCAUUCAAGUGUCGGUUCAAGACUUCACCGUUUCAUUCAGCGAUAUGCUAAGUAUCCCCUACCCACCAACCACCAAUUUAAAACAAAAAUGUAUCGAUGAUACCUAUCAUUGCUAUGGUCACGGACAAUGUAGUGACCAAGGCAUUUGUUUAUGUGAACCAAAUUAUUAUGAUAGUUGUAGAUAUUUUAAGAAUCCAAAUGUAACAUUUAUACAAAAUAAUACAAAACCAGUUGCAACAUUUGAAUUGGAUGGAUAUCAAUUCUUUUUUACAUUGGUAUCGAUUCAAGAAAUUGAUACAGAGAAUGAAAUAGUAAAGGAAUUGGUAGUGGAUCAAUGGAAUGUGACUGAUCGUUCCAAUGGAGAUUUGACAUCACUCUACUAUCACUUGGAUAUUAAUGCAACGUUGCAUCCGGGAUUGUCGGCAUCCACCAAUGUCUCUACGUCGAUUGAGUAUUCUACCAAGGACAGAGAGGUUGCAUUUGGCGAUUCAGUGUUAUCGGUUAGUGCCAAUAGUAUAAAAGUUGCGGUGAAUAUAAGUGGAUGGCAAUACGACUCGAUUCUAUCACAUUUGAGAGUAGUAUUUGCGACAGUAGUCAAUAAUGAUGACCAACAAUCAGUAACACCAACUUGUGAUGACGAUGACAGUGAUGGAACCAUUCCAACAUUUGAAGAGGUAUUUGGAGGUAAUAGUUAUCUAAGAGUCAUUAAAAACAAUACACAAUUCUAUGGUCGAUUCUUAUCCUACUCUUAUUCAGAUGGUAGAAAGACUUAUUCCAAGAAUGAAUUGAUUAGUAAGACUCCUAUUAAUGGUAGUACUGGUACCACAGAUGGAGGACUAUCACUUGCAAAGAUUGGUAUACAUUUUGCACAAUGUGAUUUGUGUCUACUUGACCCUGAUUUCAGUGCAUUGGUAGUCAACAACAAACAAUUGGAAGUCGAAUGUCCCACAUCGUCAUCGGUGCCGUGGAAGAUAAUUGUCGGUGCCUGUGUCGGUGGAGUUGUAUUUAUAGCUUUCACCAUUGCACUAGUCUACUAUAUUCGUGAUAGUAAUCGAAUGAGACUUAGACUACGUGAAAUAUUUCAAAGAGGAGGAGGAGGAGGAGGAAGUAAAUCAACAUCAAAACACCAAAUCAAACUUGCAAACUUGGAUUAA